GUCAUGGAGGAGUUGGUAGAGGAUGACAUCUGUAUUUUGAACCAUGAAAAAGCAGACAACCUUCAUAAGAGAGACGGGGAGAUUCCUGUUUCAUCUUACAAUGGAGACGAGUCAGUUGCCUCACACUUCGCACUUGUCACUGCAUAUGAAGAUAUCAAGAAACGACUAAAGGAGACAGAGAAGGAGAACUCCUUCUUAAAAAAAAGAGUGAGAAUUCUAGAAGAGAAGCUGCUUGGCUCCCGACUGGAAGAGGAAUGCAGUUCAGUUGGACGUGAACAAGUAAAUAAGGCAUACCAGGCCUAUCGAGAGGCCUGCAUUGACCGAGAUAAUCUGAAAAGCAAACUGGAUAAAAUGAUAAAAGAAAGUGAGGAAUCCUUGAAAACUUUGAAUGAACAGUUGCAGUCUAAAGAAGUAGAGCUGUUACAACUAAAAACUGAAGUGGAAACUCAACAAGUGAUGAAGAAUCUGAAUUGUAGUCAGUCCAGCUGGGAAACAGAGAAGCUGAGCAGUGAUGUGAAAGUGCAGAGUCUGGAACAGGAGCUAGAAAAGCUCAAGCAAGAGUGCAACAGUCUCAGGAAGGAGUUACAAAAAUCUAAACAGGAGGACCAGGCUCAAGAUGAAAAUCCAUUAAACGGAGGCCUAGUUCAAAGGUAAGACAUCCAGAGUUUGCAACAAGCAUAUUGGGAACUGAAGAGGGAAAUGUCUAAUUUGCAUCUAGUGACUAAUGUGCAAGCUGAGGUUCUACGAAAACUGAAAAACCGAACAGCGACCAAAAAAGCUGCCUCUACUGCACCAGUACAAUGUGUUGACUCGAACAUUUCAAAGCUGAAUUUGACAUCUGGGGUAGUCUAUAAAAAACUCUCACAAAAUGAUAAAGUAUUCGGCAGUGCUGUGUCUCCCCCUCUGCUGAGAGAUGUAAAAAUCCCAUCUGAAAGGGUGACUCUACAAGCAUGGACAGAUGAGAGACCCAUUCCUGUUGAUGGCAAAACAUUUCAGGAACACCAUUCCUAUGGAAAGAGCUCUCUGGAAGAUAAUUCCUGGGUAUUCCCAAGUCCUCCAAAGCCUAAUGAGAAUGUGUUUUGGGAAAUGAGAAAUAAAACUUUGUUAAACUGUCCAGCAGAUUACCUGGAUCAGUGUAAUCAAAACUGUCUGCACAAGAGUUAAACAAUUUUUGGAAUGAACUGAGGCAUUUUACAGUGGUUCUGAAUAGGCACCUUAACACUUGAACUUGAAGAGGGAAAACAAAUUGCCUGAAAUGUUGUUUCUUUAUUUUUAAUUCUAGUUCCAAAACAGAAAGCCUAGUCUUCCUCUGCUGUAAGUCAGGAGUAAGUUCCUUGAAGUUAAAGCUGUGCUGGUAUUAAUGUAAAUAUAAAGAAAUCUAGCAUGGGGCCUAGAUAGUCUUGUACUGCAAAUGGCAUACAUUUGCAAAAGAUUACACUGAAAAGUGAGUUCUUGGAAUAAAGCAGAAUAACCCAGUUGUGUAUUUGUUUGCUAUUUGUAUGUUAUCAAAAAAAUACCUGGUAUCCUGUGUUUAAAAGUUGUACCAGCUCUGAGCUUAUUGUUUUGACAGUGGUUUUUUUCAGAGUAAGACAUAUGAAGAAUUGGAUUAUCUCUUCCUUCCUCCUUUCAAUUAACCUCUGGAUUCCUCUGGAUUAGAAAUGCAUUUUAAUGUAAUUUUUAACCAAGAGAGGUAAGAUCUUUUUAUCAAAAUCUUGAUUUAUAUUAGAUAGUGGCAAGCAAAAAAAUCACUCCUAGGCUAUCCUGUUGAGAUUAUGCCAUUUUGGGCCUUAUUGUGAAUUACAAGGUAUCAGAAGUAGUGCUGCUGAACACUGUGAAUCUUGGAUGUUCAGCUUGUUUCCCUUAGUUCACACUAUAGGAGACUUAAUUCUGCACACAGUGGUGCCUGCCACAGAAUCAUCCUGUUCACAGUGCAGUUGCCCUUGUUGUGCCACCUUUGCACAGCAA